AUGGCUUCUGAGCUCUAUCGGUUGACAGCUACCGAGGCUGCGGCCAAGAUCAAACAAGGCGAUGUCACAGUGGAAGAGUAUGCAAGGUCGCUGUUGAAGCGCAUCGAGGCGCGAGAUGAGGCUGUUCAGGCGUGGGCGUAUCUCGACCCCGAGUAUGUCAUCACGCAGGCAAAGGCUCUAGAUGCUGUGCCGAAAGACGAACGCGGUCCUUUACACGGCGUAGCCAUUGCAGUCAAGGAUGUCAUUUACACCAAAGAUAUGCCCACGCAAUUCAACUCGCCGAUAUACACCAACGAUGCGCCAAAAGUAGAUGCCGGGUCCAUUGCCAUACUGCGCCGGUCCGGGGCUCUUAUUUUCGGGAAAACCACAACGACCGAGUUUGCGGCUACUACAAGAGGCCCAAAGACGCGCAACCCGCACGACCCAAACCGUACGCCUGGCGGCUCUUCGUCUGGGUCUGGGGCAGCAGUGGGCGACUUCCAAGCACCGAUUGGUCUGGGCACGCAGACAGGAGGCAGCAUGAUCCGGCCUGGCUCGUACAGCGGCAUUUACGCCCUCAAGCCGACGUGGAACUCGAUCACGCGCGAGGGCCAAAAGAUUUACUCGUUGAUUCUCGAUACGCUGGGCCUUUAUGCGCGCAGUGUAUCCGAUCUCGAGCUUCUUGCUGACGCGUUUGCUGUCCAAGACGAUGAUCCCACCCCGGCAAACUUCACCGUCAACGGAGCAAAAUUUGCGCUGCUCAAAACCAUGGUGUGGCCAGAUGUUGGGAGCGGCACCACUGCCGCACUCGACAAGGCUGUUUCCCUGCUGCGAGCCCACGGGGCCCAGGUCGAGGAGAUAUCGCUUCCAAAGCAUCUCGACGAGCUGCCGUCGUGGCAUGCCACAGUGCUGAACUCGGACGGCCGCACAGCGUUCCUGCCCGAGUACACCGUGGCAAAAGACCAGAUUUCCGAGCAGCUCGUCGGACAUGUAGACAACAAGGCAAAGAUUUCGCGCAAGGCACAGCUCGAGGCGUUUGACAAGAUCGCUGCAGCACGGCCGGUAGUGGAUGAGCUUUUGGGCAAGUAUGCGGCGGUGCUCACACCGAGUGUACCGGACGAGGCGCCGCUCGGCAUCGAAAAGACAGGCAGCGCGGCAUUUUGCUUGAUUUGGACGGCGCUACACACACCCGUGGUCAACGUGCCGGGGUUCAAAGGCGAAAACGGCAUGCCAAUUGGUAUCUCGCUGGUUGCGCCGCGGUAUCAUGACAGGCGGCUGCUGGCAGUGAGCAAAGAGGUUGGCAGGAUAUUCGAGGCUGAGGGUGGGUGGAAGGCUUCGGUGUAA